AUGGACAGCCAGGCACAGACCCAUGCUAAUAUAUCACACCUCCCGCGGGAGCUCCGUGACAAGAUUUACGGCUACUACUUCGAGACACACUUCCGCACAUUCGUUUUCUCGUACGGAGCCUAUAUCGCGUAUCCGGAAUCUCGCAGACCGCAGAUCACACGAGUCUUGCAGAAACCUGAACAUGCCCUGGCAAUCCUUAGCAGUUGUCGCUGCGUCCGAGACGAUAUCGGUACUACUUGGGUGAAAUACGUUUGCCUCAACUUCUGCACCGUCUACGACAUCUAUGAUGUUCUGCUCAAGCUCCCGGCUGUAAUCAUCAGCCAAAUCCGCCAUCUUCGACUUUCCAACGAUGUCUUCUGGACCAGCCUCUUCGAUCUAGAGCAAUGUGAGACCGGUUUUCCGCAUGAUUGCGGAAAACCUCGCGUGAAUCGCUCGCGACACAGUGACACGUCACACAUUCUCCCCAAAGUCAUCAGCUUGCUCACCGGCUUACGUCUUGAUACCUUGACCAUAAUGGCCUACCCCACCAGCCAGCUCCAGCCUUCUGGCCAGCCCCAGCCUGCUGGCUCCCUGCUGUAUGCCUUCAUUGGGAUGAAGACCGGAUGGAAAGAACUGCGAUACAUCAGUGCGAGUGGUAUACCCACCGUUCAUAGUCAUGGAGUCAGCAGUGACUACAUUAGCGACAUGUUUAGCAGCCCUUGGGACCCAACCCAGCCAACCCGAUGGAGCAGAUAUAUAGAGGCGAGGGAUGGAAAUGACUCCAGCGUUUCUGUGGCCUUCUAUCGCCACGGCCAGCCGAUCCAAGAGACCGUUCGGGACCUCGUCUUGCAGGCCGUCCCAGGUAUGAGUGCGGCACCCAUUGACCUCGUAAUCAACGUCAGAAGGGAGCGAGAGGCUUCACGCGUGGUGCCUGAAUUGGACGAGACAACCAAGACUGCUAUACUCGCCGAGCUAGGCAGAUUGGUUGAUGCCAGCCGGUACGCCUAA